GGAAGACCCGCCUCCCUCUUAUUUACACAUCAGCUGCUGGGCCUCCCCCCUCCCCACAAGGAGCCUUCUCCUUUCACAUCAGCAUAACAAACGCCAGGAGCGUUUCCCUUCUUGGCCUUCUUCUUCUGCAUAACCCCAAAGGGAGGCUUCUCCGCCCUCCCCCGGGGCUAUUUCUCCUCCCUUACCCCCCACCCCAGCAUGAAAAGCCAUGGAAUGAACGCAAACGGCCACUCCACGGCGAAGAGUUGAGUCUGUCUCGAGGAGAAGGAAACGCGACCCAACCUGAGCAGUCGUGAAAGAGAGCAGCACACAAGUACUAUGUGGGACGCCUGCCAUGGGGCGGAUCGUGGGUGGUAUGGAUGCCCAAAGUGGACAGUGGCCCUGGCAGGUCAACGUUAACUUCGACGGACAUCACGUUUGCGGAGCGACCCUCAUAGCAUCCCAGUGGCUGAUCACAGCGGCCCAUUGCUUUCCCUCGAUUAAUCCAAUUGGCCAGUAUGAGGUGACUUUAGGGGCCUUCCAGCUCAAAAACCCCUCCCCAGACAUUAGAGGGAGGCAGGUGGAGCAAGUGAUCAAGCACCCCGACUACACCAAUGAUGAAGGAUCGAAAGGGGACAUCGCCCUUGUGAAGCUCAAGGAACCAGUCUCCUACUCCCGCACCAUCCGGCCCAUUUGCCUGCCCGCCACCUCCGUCAGCUUCCCCAAUGGCAUGAAGUGCACCGUCACGGGCUGGGGGAACGUCCUCACCCAUACAAGUCUUGCUGCACCCAUGACAUUACAGCAGCUUGAAGUACCUAUUAUUGGGACUGACACCUGCAAGUGCUUGUACAACCGGAACCCGGAUCCCGAGGACCCUCACAUCAUCCACAGUGACAUGAUAUGUGCUGGUUUUGCUGAGGGCAAGAAGGACGCCUGUCAGGGUGACUCCGGGGGACCCCUGUCAUGCCGCUUUGGCAAUGCUUGGUUGCUGGCCGGGGUGGUGAGUUGGGGGGACGCAUGCGGGGCCGCCAACAGGCCUGGUGUCUAUAUCCGCAUCCCAACCUACGUUGACUGGAUUAAGCAGAACAUUCCCGAAGUGGAGCUCAACUCGCUGAUUGCCGAUGUGGAGCCAGUCUCUGAGGAGGGCAUGUGCUCCAAUACUACUGCUACUACUGACAAGUCUGGCCUUUACAGUGAUAUCCAGCCCCACCCGGGCUGGAAUCGACCCAUCACCCCCAACCCGUCUUCCUCAGCCAGCGCUUCCUCCUGGGCCUGCACAGCCAGCCUGCUCCUUCUUUUCCUCCAGUGCUUCCAUUAUCUCCUAUAAUUCAUACCUCAAAUCCAGCCAGUAACCACCUGUGCCAAAUGAUUUUGUGGGCAAGGGUCUCUUGCUACCUUCAUACUCAAUAGGAUGGUCCCACUAUUUCAGUCUGCCACACCAUAUCUCAGGUUUUUGUGUUGCAUUCUGAAUGCAGUGCUGUAGGAUACGAUUGUGCCAUAUUGUUAGAUGAUAGACUUGUUUGGGAGCACAGGCUGCCUCCACACCUUGAGACUCAGUCUGCUGUGUACCUCAGACCAAUAGCCCGAGCCUCAGUUUAAUGUAUUUGUCAGCUUUUAAAAGAUAGGUUCAUUCUCCUGUUCCCAAGCUUCCCUCUGACUUGUGAUCACAUGUCUCCUGAACUCUUUUUGAAUUCCUUACCAUGGUUUGAUGCAGCUGUAUAGGCCCAAGAUGGCAGCCACCCUUCAAUCUAAUAUUGGAGUACAGACUCUCAUUAAAUUAUGAAAUAGUCUCAUCUUUGCCUUAUAUGCAUUCCUAAUCCUCUCUGGGUCUCACCUCUCACCAGUCCUGGAUUCCUCAUCUGGCAUUCUAUGUUAGACUUCAUAUCUCCUGCCAACUCAUUCCUCACACACAUCCCUGUUUUUGACCUGACUCAUGACAGACACCCCUCUCAGGUUCAUUUCAGGUUUCCUCCAGUCUGUAAAGCCAUGGCUUCUCAGAAUGUGGUGGCCAUCUUUGCUCCAUGUGUCAUUUCCUCUUCAACUCACUUCCACCUCCUAAAGCUCCCAUAGACUCUUGACAGUCUUUUCAGCUUCAAUGUGAUUUCUACAGGCACACUAUAGUUAAGGGUCUGGCCUCACUCUGUGAUGUGAGCCAGGCCUUCCCUUCCAAGCCAUAUUGGUCAAUCAAAUGCAAGAGCUGUUCUUUAGAUCUUAGUUUGGUAUCUCAUCCUUUUCACUACCUCAUAGGUCGGCCUUGUGUACUCUAAACCAUCCCCUUCCUCUAUCCUUCUAGGGUGACUCUGGGGGACCCCUAUCCUGUUAUGUAGACAAUGCCUGGCUACUGGCUGGGGUGGUGAGCUGGGGGGAUGCCUGUGGGCAGCCCAACCGGCCAGGUGUCUAUAUUAGUGUCUCACCCUACGUCGACUGGAUCAAGGA